GCCUGUUGAAUUUGCUAUAAUGAAAGUAAUUUUAAUUUAUUUUUAAAUAACACUUAUUCCAUUUUUAUUUCAACCAAUAUUUCAGCUUAUGAUGAGGAAAGCGAAGUGGAAGAGAUUGAUGUCGAUGAUGACAUUGAAAGUGAUGAGGAUAUGAUUGAAAUAGAGGCAGAAGUUAUGUCUGAGGAAGACGACGAUGAGUUUGAUGAAAGAGAGAGAAUGAUAUUGGAGUUAAAAAAUGAGAUGGAUUAUAAAUUUGAUGGAAAUGAUAAUAUGAAUGAUGAAGAUGUGUUGGAUGAAAUUAAAAGUGAUAGAGAUGAAAAGGUGUAUUCCAGUUAUUUUACUGAGGAAAUGAUUGCAAAACUGUACAGCAUGGAUAAAGUCCAUGACAAGGAUUCUAUCGAGUAUGGCAUUCCGGAUAGGAGAUAUUGGAGAUAUGACUCUUGCGAGUCUUACUUAAGAGCUGGAAGUGAUGAAAAGGAUUACAUGACCAUAGAAGACAGCGAAAGCGAUGAAAAAGCUGGAAACAAAAUAAAAAAGAAAGGCUGUUUCGCUUUCCUGUCAAGAGUGUUUAGAAGGUUGUUCAAAAAAAAUUAAAUUUUGAACAUACCAUUUUCAAACAUCUAAGAAGUUUGCACCAUAUUUCCAUCGAAAUUUGCAAAUUUUAAUGGUGCAUUGUUGUUUGUAAAAUUAAAAUUCAAAAAAAAAAAAAAAAAAAGGCACGAUGAAAGAUAACAUCGAUAUAAAAGCCUUAUAUCUGCCAAUCUAUGCAACUUAAUUUAAUAAUAUGUUCGGUUGAAAAUAUAAGAACUGUAAUUUGAUCAUCACAAAAACAUAACAAAACGUCACAGAAGUUAAAGUGAAAGUUUUGCAUCACAGAAAAAUAAUUAGACUUCAAAGAAGCUGAUAUCAUUGUAAAAGUCUUCUAUCUGCAAAAUAAAAUUUGACGUCAUAAAAGAUAUAAUUGCUGUGAAAGUCUUACAAUUUUUCGAAAUGUGCAAUUUAAUUUAGAACAUUGUUAUGAUACAAUAGUUUAAAAUAU